CUAAAUUAGCGCUUUAUACACACCGGGGCUGCCAUGGCUCCCCACCACCCGCUCCUGCAGCGGCGCAUGCCGGGCGAGUCGCGGCGUAAGUGGGUCGUGCGCAACCUCACCCACUCGCUCGCGUCCGACAUUCUGAGCGUCCUCCACUUUGCCUUGGCGGCGGUCGCGGUCUUUUUGUACAUUGUCAAAAAUUGGCUCGUCUGGGCCACGACCAAGGACGCUAUGUGGCUCGAGUACCUGCACUUGGCCAUGGGCACGCUCUACGCGGCCGACUACAGCCUUCGACUCUACGCAGCCGACCAGCGCGUGCGCUACGCCUUGACGUUCUUGCCGCUCGUUGAAUUUGCGACGAUCUUGCCCGAGCUCGUCGACUUGGUCGUGGACGACGCAACGCACCAUACGCUCGUUCUGAGCCUCAAGAGCCUGCGCCCACUGCGAUGUGUUUGCACGUUUCGCGCGCUUGGGCUCAUUCGCAGCGCCAAGUGGCGGCAAAUCUGCACCUUGGCGCUCGGCGUCAUCUCCAUUAUUGUCAUCUUUGGCAGUCUCUUUCAAGCGGUCGAAGCGUGUCCGUGCACGGAGUUCGGGACGUGUGAACGUACGCGAUCGAACAAGCAGCCGCGGCAAAUGCAGUGCCAAGUGCUCGAGAUCUACACGUCCAUGUACUUCAUUGUCAUAACGAUUUCGACCCUCGGGUAUGGUGACAUUGCACCACACAGUACGGCGGGGAAGGCGCUCGUGGUUCUCUUGAUCGGCGUCAGUGGGGCGUGGCUCCCACUCCAAAUCUCACGCCUCAGCGACGUGCUCAACCGCGUCUCGGCCUACGACCGCGCGUACCGAGCAAUUCCGCAAGCAAAUGCCCACGUCCUUGUCGUCGGUGACGUCGCCCCGAGCGCGCUCGAGUUCUUCCUCCACACGUUUUUCUGCGCCAACCCGAUGACGUGGAAUACAACAGUUGUGGUGCUCGCACCGGGUCCGCCGUCGCGCGGGCUGCAGCGCCUCCUUUUGCAUCCCAAGUACGAGCCGCGCGUCGUGUACCUCUCGGGCUCGCCGAUGCUCCAAGCCGAUUUGCACCGGGCCAGUAUUUUGGUCGCGAGCGCUUGCUACAUUUUGACGCGCACGCCUUUGGACGAUACGGCCACCAAUUUUUUCACGAUUUCGCUGCGGCACUGCAACAAGGACGUGCCUGUGUUUGCCCAAGUCGUGGGCACCGACUAUUUAGAUCACGUCAUGCUAUCCGGCGCAACCAAUGUCGUGUGCAUUGACCAACUCAAGCUCGGUCUCUUGGCCAAAGCCUGUUUGGUGCCCGGCAUUCUAGGUGUUAUUUCGAGCCUUUUGUUUCCAUCUCCGCGCCUUGCGCGGGCCAGCAAAGGGACGUGGGCUGACGACUUUACGUCGGGCGCACGCCACCGGAUUUACGAAUGUGGGAUUCCCAAAUUUCUCGACCGCCUCAUCAACUUUACGGCCUGGACGUACAUUUGUUUCAACGAGUUUGACAUGCUACCGAUUGGCAUCUUUGAUGGCGACGCACAUCGGCUCUUUCCUGCGUCCGCGCACGUGCGCUGGACGUGGUCGAUCUUUGUGCUUGCAACCUCGUCGUCGGUUCAAACCCGGGUCGAAGACAUUACGCUCACGACGCUCCAGCGGUACGAGGCAAUACUACCGCAUUUCGACAAGAUUGUGCAAGCGUGGAAUUUUCGAGCGUUUAGCAAUCAAUUUCGCCGCUUGACGCACCGCACAAGCCUUGUGGCGCCGCUUCCGCCCAAGAAAACCCUCUCAAAAGCCAGCACCAAGCGCAGUUCGGUGAGCACACGCGAACAAGUGAGUACCAAACUCUCGCUCGGCCGGCGCAACGCAGUCGUGCCCCACUCGAUGGAAACGUGUGUGCCACCCAUCGACCGCGCCGGCAGCACCCGCUUUAGUCCCAACGACGUCGGCCCUUCGGUCGCAGCGCUCGACACGAGCUGCAAAAACGUUGCUCCCGUACUCGAAAAAAGCGCAGAAGUGAGUGCAUCGAGUCCCGUCGACGUGCCAUUAUCGGUGGGCAAACCUCCUCUCUCUGUGCUCUCGGUCAUGCGUUUGUCGGGCACGCACCGGCGCACGAUGCUGCCGGUACAGCGCCUCUCGCACGCCGAACACAUUGCGGCUUUUCAGACGUUUUUGGGCUUGGAUUUACCCCCCGACCUCUCGGGGCACAUUGUGCUCUGUGGGGUGCCUAGCCAGCUAUUCGAUUUUGUCCAGCCGCUUCGCCUGCCCGGUCAGGCGGCGCCGAUCAUUGUGAUUGUGAGUCCGACGCCCAUGUCCGAGGCGCUGCACGCACGCAUCGCCACGUAUGGCAACAUCUACCACGUGCAAGGCUCGCCCCAUACGAUCGAGGUCGCGCACCACAUUCGCGUGUUUGCCGCCAAAACCAUCGUGCUGCUUGCCUCAAGCGACGAUACAACCGAGGACGACAACACCGAGUAUGUGGCCGACACGGAAGCCCUCUCUUUGCACCGCUUCUUGCGCCAAGUGUGCGAUCUCUACGGCGAUCCGACCGGGUUCCCACCCUCGAUUGUGAUGGAAGUGCAACGACCCACCAGUUUGCAGUUUCUCAGAGAUGCAACGGACGACAGCGCGCCACCGGUAGUGCACCAAGACGAGCCAGACUUCUUGCGGCCCUUUUCGCAUCCGUUCUAUGCUGCCGGCAAUGUGUUGUUUUCUCAAAUGCUGGAUGCGCUCCUUGGGCUCUGCACGGUGCAUGGCAGCACGAUCGACCUUGCGCACUUGCUCGUGCUCGGCGAUAAUGGUAUGCGCGGUGAGAACGGCCAUGCGUCGCCGCUGGACCAAGUACCAGUUCCGAUCCACUAUUGGGGCCAAACGUACGACACGCUCUUUGAAGCAUUUUUGCUCCAAGAGAAGAUGUUGUGCAUUGGGCUGUAUCGCUUGCGACCGCCCCAACACUACUUUGUUCAGCUCAACCCGCCACCGCAUGUCAUUUUGGGGCCCAAGGAUUUGGUGUUUGUUUUGAAAUAAACAACUCAAUUUAGCCGCCUCAGUCGCUGGCGUCUCCCGAGGACCUCGACACAGUGCGUAGCUUUGCCGCCGCCUGGAAAGAUUUGACCGACCGUGUCGUCCAGUGCCUCGCCCGCGGCCGCAAGCGUCAUCGGGCGACGACAGAAGAGCCAGACGAGCCCCCGCGCCGCCGCCUGCGCAGCCACGGACCGGCGAGCGAAUGAAGAAGGAGAUUGCUGGUCUCUACGUAUGCAACGUCUUUGUGAAAUUGUGAAGUUAACGCGAAACACG